UCUCUCUCUACUUUCAAAAAGCAAACUGAAACCCAUCUUUUGUAAAUUUUUUGUUUGAGGAAACUUCUCUCUCUAGAAUUCUAAGAACAGGUUCGAUCAAUUUUUGGAUAAGAGAAACGAAGACAAUUUUUGCAGUGGUAUAGUUGAAUCUGAUCCCAGAUUCUCCAUUGUCCAUUUUGAGUAAUUAAAUCACUUUAUCCAUUUUUCCAUGAUCUUUUGCGGUGUUUGACAGAGUAACUGGUUCAAAAUAAUGACGAGGGUAAGCAGAGACUUUGGUGAUACGAUGCAAAAAGAAGCUGUUCCAGCAGUUUCAGCCGAUGUGAUAUUUGCUUCGAGUCGGUUUCCAAAUUAUAAGAUUGGAUCGAACAAUCAGAUUGUUGAGUUAAAGGAUGAUCCCAAAGUACUAUCAAUGAAAGAGGUCGUUGCUCGAGAGACUGCGCAGCUGUUGGAGCAGCAGAAGCGCCUUUCAGUUCGUGACCUCGCCAGUAAAUUUGAGAAGGGGUUGGCUGCUGCCGCUAAAUUGUCUGAAGAGGCAAGACUAAGAGAGGCAGCUUCCUUGGAAAAGCAUGUUCUUUUGAAGAAGCUUAGGGAUGCACUGGAAUCCUUAAAAGGACGUGUGGCUGGUAGAAACAAGGAUGAUGUAGAAGAAGCAAUAGCGAUGGUAGAGGCCUUAGCAGUUCAGUUGACUCAAAGAGAAGGAGAGUUGAUGCAAGAAAAGACAGAAGUGAAGAAGCUAGCAAGUUUUCUUAAACAGGCUUCAGAAGAUGCUAGAAGACUCGUUGAUGAGGAAAGAGCAUUUGCUCGUGCUGAAAUUGAAGCUGCCAGAGCAGCAGUACAGAGAGUAGAAGAGGCUCUUCAAGAUCAAGAGCGAAUGUCUCGUGCGUCAGGGAAGCAGGAUUUGGAGGAGUUGAUGAAGGAGGUUCAAGAGGCUAGACGGAUAAAAAUGCUGCAUCAACCAAGCAAGGUUAUGGACAUGGAACAUGAACUUCAAGCUUUGAGGAAACAGCUCACAGAGAAGUCUAAGCAUUAUCUUCGUCUUCAGAAAGAGCUGGCAAUGAGCAAGAGAGGCAUGGAGAACAAUAAUCAAUUGUAUGAAAUAGAUGGUACUGAAGCUUUAGGUUCAUAUUUGCAAAUUCAACCCUGCUCUGAUGAUGUUCCAGAUCUAUCUAGAUGUUCAAUUCAAUGGUAUCGUGUAUCAUCUGAAGGCUGCAAAAAGGAGCUUAUAUCAGGAGCGACCAAAUUAAUCUAUGCCCCUGAGCCAUUUGAUGUUGGACGAGUCUUGCAAGUUGAUAUUGUUGCGGAAGACAAGACAAUAACACUGACAACCACUGGUCCAGUCGAUCCUGCUGCUGGUUUGGGUAGCUAUGUGGAGGCACUUGUUCGGAAACAUGACGUUGAGUUUAAUGUGGUAAUUACUCAGAUGAACGGGGUCAAUCAUCAAUCGGAAUCUAUUCAUGCAUUUCACAUUGGGAAGAUGAGGAUAAAACUGUGCAAAGCAAAGACAACAAUAGCUAAAGAGUACUAUUCCAGUUCAAUGCAGCUGUGUGGAGUUAGAGGUGGUGGGAAUGCUGCAGCUCAGGCAUUGUUUUGGCAAGCGAAGAAAGGGGUUUCUUUCGUUUUAGCAUUUGAAUCAGAAAGAGAGCGAAAUGCAGCAAUCAUGCUUGCCAGGCGGUUCGCUUUUGAUUGCAAUAUCAUGUUAGCCGGGCCAGAUGACAGAGCCCCAUUGGGGACCUAAUAUAGCUCCGUGGAUCUUAGCAUCACUAAUGUAAUUAGCCAGAGUUUUUCCCAUGUAUUAUAAGUUUGUAAUAGUAGAGCAUGUGGCGUUGUGUAAUUGUGAUAAGGCCUCUUACAAUUUAAUUUUCCUACUUAAUUGUAUGUCCUUUUUCAACAUGAAGGCAUUUUUUUUGUUUGCCUUUGUUAUUGCUUAUGUAUGCUUGGAGGGUUGAGUUGCUGAUCUUGUAUGUGGCACUAUAAUAUUAUUGGAAUUGUUUGAUUGGUUGUAUUAGAAAAAAUCUUUCAAGA